CGAGAAAAAGCAAGCAAAAGUAGCGGAGAAUCAGAGUGCGACGAAGGCCAUGUGGAAACCGCUGAACACCAAAAUACUGAGAAACGCUUGCCAGCUUCUGUUCACAGACUCAAGGAAUAGUACAGUGAUUCUUCUGAAAACUGCACUAGCGAGGAGGAAAUUGAUUUAGGAGUACCAGAAGGACUUCGUUUUAUUAACAUUUCAGUUCUUGCCUCCGUGUUUGAAACUGUUCGGUGCCCAUUGUGUAAACAAGGACAUGCUGUUUUGGAAGAAGAGAAAAUGGGCCUAGCAUCUCUUCCUAUUUUAAAGUGCUCGUCAUCGAAGUGUAAAUUUGAGAAGCUGUUUUACACAUUUAACAAAGUGGUCAACAGCCAGGCGUUCGAAGUAAACAGAAGAGUGGUUCUGGUGACAAGAAAUAUAGGUGUUGGUCAUCAAGGCCUUGUCAAGUUUUGCGGUGUGACGAACAUGCUACCACCAAUGCAGGAAAAUUUAUUUCAAGACCAUCUCAAGGCAGUGAAGAAUGCAGCUCAAACUGCUGCUGAAAAAUGCAUGUCAAAGGCUGCUGAUGAAGUAAAAGGAUUUUAUGAACCAGAACAAGAUGAUGUCUACAACUAUUGGAGGAGGAGAGGUUUUUCUUCCUGUUAUGGUGUUGUCACA